AUGUCUGCGAACCCAAUCAGCGCACCGGGAGGCUCCCGCAGACGCCGCGAGCAGUACCACGAGGCCGAUGUCGUUGUCGUAGGCGCGGGAGUCUUUGGAUGCGCCAUUGCCUUUGCCCUCGCCAACCAAGGCCGCUCAGUCUUGCUACUCGAACGAUGGAUGACGGAGCCCAAUCGUAUUGUCGGGGAGCUGCUGCAGCCCGGCGGCAUGGCCGCUUUGAAGCAGUUGGGUCUAGGGCACUGCGUCGAAGGCAUUGAUGCCAUCCCCUGCAAGGGCUACAAUGUUAUUUUUAACCACAUCCCAUCGCUGAUUCCGUAUCCGACCAUCGACGACAGCGGCAACGUUAUAUACGCUUGGGGUGGAUCGGGAAAGGAGGGCAAGCGACCCGAGGGCAGAUCAUUCCACCAUGGCAAGUUCAUCACCAAGUUGAGGGAGAGUUGCCUUGCUCACGAAAACAUAACGGUUGUCGAGACGGAGGUCGUCAAGACUCUGCGGGGUGAAUAUACAGAUCAGGUUUUGGGCGUCGAAACCAGAACCAAGAAUCGCGAGACUGGGGACAAGAAGCCCGAUUAUUUCUUUGGUCAGUUGACCAUCAUCGCCGACGGUUACGACUCCAAUUUCCGCAAGGAUGCCAUCGGGGACAAAAAGGCCGUCGUCAAGAGCAAAUUCUAUGCGCUCGAACUCAUCGAUACGAUUCUGCCUCAAGAGAGCUACGGCCAUGUCAUUAUCGGAAAGGAUACAUUCCCUACACUGCUGUACCAAAUCGGUACGCACGAGACUCGUGCGCUGUUUGACGUUCCCAAGGACAUUCCAGAGGCCUCACCUGCUGCUGGAGGCGUCCGCGGCUACAUCAAGAACGUAGCCAUCCCCGCUCUCCCGCCUUCUGUCCAGCCGGCUGCUCUCAGAGCGCUGGAAGACGGCAAAAUCCCGCGCAGCAUGCCCAACAGCUGGCUGCCGCCGACGAAGCAGAUGCCCAAGGGAGUGCUACUCCUCGGCGAUGCGUUCAACAUGCGGCAUCCCCUUACCGGCGGCGGCAUGACUGUCGCCUUCAACGACGCGCUCCUUCUCUCGCAGCUUCUCGACCCGUCAAGGGUGCCGACUUUUGAGGAUUCCAAGGCCAUCGGCGCCGCCGUCAACGUCUUCUACUGGCGCCGCAAAAACGUCUCGUCCAACAUCAACGUCCUCGCCCAAGCCCUGUACACGCUCUUCGCCGCCAAUGACCGCCAGCUGUACGCCCUCCAGCUGGGCUGCUUCGAGUAUUUCCAGCGCGGCAUGACCGACGGGCCGUGCGGUCUCCUUGCCGGCAUUAUCCAGCGCCCUGCCGUCCUGGCAUACCACUUCUUCUCCGUUGCCUUCUUGUCCCUCUGGCUGAAUGCCCUUGCCAUUUGUGCCGGGCCUUUGGGUGUUCUCAAGGCGCCCCUGGCAUUGAUAGAUGCCGUGCUUAUCCUGUGGAAAGCCAGCUGCGUCUUUUUGCCGCUAGUAUGGCGCGAGGGCUUCCAGUAA